AUGCACAUUCUCGUCUUUUCAACAGGCGUUUCGCCAAAGAACCACUUCGCAAGCAACCUUUCUUCGCUUCCGCCUCUUUUGCCAAUUUCUAUUCCAACCCCCCCAAGUCCAAUUUCAAUUCCAUCCCCACCCAUACCACCAAGCCCAACUCUUCCCUCAGUAUCCUCUCUCAUAGAGGAUGUCUUGUCUCCAGGUGACCUCGGCGAACCAGUUCGUCCUUGCGUCCUCGCCCCAAUAGACAUGAACACUGCAAAAGAAUUCGAAGUCGUUCGUAGACUAGGAACAGGCAGUUAUGCAGUCGUCUAUCGCGUUCGUGAAGUUAUCUCCCGCACCCCCAUCAGCGACGACGGCCAUGUCGGCGUCCUCGACCUCGAUCCAUCUCCUCCACCUAUCGUCUAUGGCAGACACUUUGCUCUCAAAGUCCUCUCAAAGGCAAACCUCGAUUCCGACGCUCUCACAGCACAGCUCACCGAAGUCACAAUCCAUCAAUCCCUCUCCCCACAUCCAAACAUCGUCACACUCCAUCGUACACUCGAGACUGAUGCCUUUCUCUUGCUUGUCUUGGAGUUUGUUCCUGGCGAAGAUCUCUUUUAUUUCCUUGAGCAAGCACGCGAUCAUUAUGCCCCAGAUGAGAGCGCAGAGAGCAAGACUCCUCCUACUCCCUCUCUUCUCGCCACUCUACACCCUUCUGCAUUACUAAGCCAUACCCGUCUUAGACUCAUCGCAAGCAUGUUCGCCCAAAUGUGCGAUGCAGUCGCCGCAUGCCAUGACCAGCGUAAAAACUUUAUCGUCACAGACGGAUACGCACGUUCUUCCUCUUCAGACAUCAUGGAACGCAAAGUCCUAGUCAAGCUCACAGACUUUGGCCUAAGUACAAACGAGGUUGAAAGCGCCGACAUGGACUGUGGCAGCGCACCCUACAUGAGCUUCGAGUGCCGUAAUAAUGUAGCUCCAACCUACAGCCCCGAGAGGAGUGACGUCUGGAGUCUUGGUAUCGUUUUGAUCAACAUGUUAUACCACUAUAAUCCAUGGACAGACACCUCUGACGGCACCUGUUCCUCUUUUUCCCUUUUCCGCGCACAUGGCGCCCACUUUUUCAUGCAGCGCUUUACGGGCAUGACCUGGCCCGUCGCCGAGUUCCUCACCCAGCGCGUAUUCGUCCUCCCUCCAUUCGACGCCAACCACAUACCUGUUACCGCCCGUGAAUUCGGUGCAUGGAUCAAGGACCUCCCUGCCCUCCUUUGCGACCGUGAGCCCUCCCACAGAGGCCACAAGCGUGUCCUCAGCACAGCCUCAUCAACAGUCGGCCACCCCCUCUCCUCAUGCCCGCCCUCGCGCCGCCCCUCCUCCCGUGCAGCACUGCGUACCCCACUCGUAUGCAGCAGGUCGUUGAGCAGAGCUCCAAGCGUCGGUGGUGUCCUCGUCGAAGAGCCCGAAGAUCUCUCUCGUGAGCGCCAAGACGAGCACAACGAAGAUGACGGUCGAUCGCGGUCGACCAAGAAACGGGGAAAGCGCGGGUCGCGAAAAGCAGGGCAGAAAACGACGACUGACGAGACACUCCAGACGCUUGCUGUUGCUUCGCAGAGCUUGGCACGGGAAAUCAGUCUUGCGAGUCGUGGUGCGAGCCGCUCGUCGCUUGGGAUCGUUGAUUUGGACAGGAAUGCGAGUCAUACUUCGAGUGUUACGAGGCCUGCCGCUGAGACGGAAGCGCCGAGGCCUGUGGUUGUGAAGAAGCCGAGCAAGUGGAAGUUGGGUUUCGGAAGCGGCAAGACUAUUAUAUCCACGCCUACGCCCACGGAAGAGGCACCGACGACGGGCACUGCGAGCAACGUCACCAAUCUCAUCAUGGGGCUCUCCCAGCCUGCACCGAAUCCAAGCAACGGUCCCAAACCCUCACCGUAUAUUUCGCAUGGCAGUAUUAAUGUCAACUCGAGCGCCAGUGUGAAUGGGAGUGGUGUGCACACGCCGCUUACGAGACAGCGGAGUCCGGCGGAUGAGGCGGGUACGUGGGCACGCGGACGGAGACCUGGUUCGUCUACGUUUAGCACUGCGUUUUCCACCACUGCUCCUUCCAUCAUCGGCAAUGGCAAUUCCAACGUCAACGGCAACGCAAACGGGAGCGUGAGAGGUCAUUCACCGCCAGGCAGCGUCCGUAGCAGCAACUGGCGAAGCUCAAUGAGCAGUGCAAGCACGAGCACCUCUACAUUCACACGGUACAGCAAUUCAAGCGUGAGGAGUGUAUCAACGACUGCCACGAGUGUGAGUAGCGGGAGUUGGAGGAAUGGGGCGCAGGCUGCGGCGCAGGUUCCGAAGAAUGUCAAAAUCAUGAACGGCGUCCCAUGGGAACUCGACGAGCUUCCACGACAGCUCCAUCCUAAUCCCGUAGGCGAUAUAUUCGGACAGCCCCCCCAGCGGAAAGCGCGGACGAGGAAAUCGAAGUUGGACACGAUUAGCGAGAGGCCUGCGCCUGUGAGGGAUGCUGCUACUAGUACGACUGAUUUGGGGGGUGUUGGGGGUGAGGAGGAGACGCCGAAGAAGGUGCAGAAGGGCCAGAUCAAUGCGCUGGCGAAGAUGCUCUCUGCUUUGAGGCGUUGA